GCUGGCCUUACAGGUCCUCUGCAGAAGGAAGAGUUGCAGUUGGGAGUGGAUGCUGCUAACAGGGCAGCACAACAGUAUCAGCAAAGGCUGGCAGCAGUGGCCAGAAUUAAUUCUGCAAUUCGAAUGGGUGAUGCUGAGAAGACUGUGGCAGAAAUUAUGAAUCCAGAGGCCCAGUUACCAGAGGUUUAUGCAUUUGCUGCAGAUCUUUACCAAAGGGAGCUGGCCACCUUGCAGCAACAGAGCCCUGAAGGUAACCUCACCCAUCCAGAAUUAUCUGUUGCUGUAGAGAUGCUGUCUUCUGUGGCCCUGAUUAAUAGGGCUUUGGAUUCAGGGGAUGUGAAUACAGUGUGGAAACAACUGAGCAGUCCUGUCACAGGGCUUACAAACAUUGAGGAUGAGAACUCUCAGAGAUACAUUGAUGAUUUGAUGAAGCUGAAAGCUCAAACACGUGCAGAAGGAAAUGAAUUUAUCACGUGGAAUGAUAUCCAGUCAUGCGUUGAUCGUGUGAACAUAGUUGUGCACGAAGAACAUGAAAGGAUUUUGGCAAUUGGUCUUAUCAAUGAAGCUCUGGAUGAAGGGGACACCAAAAAGACUAUUCAAGCCUUACAGUUACCUGCAGCAAAAUUGGAGGGUGUAGCCCCAAAGGUAGCACAGCAUUACCAGGAUACACUACUUCGAGCCAAGAGAGAGAAAGCACAGGACACACAGGAUGAAACGGCUGUACUUUGGCUAGAUGAAAUUCAGGACGGGAUUCAUAAGGCUAACAAGGACACAGAGGAGUCGGAGAGAUUCUCCUUAGGAAUUCUGGCCAUUAAUGAAGCAGUAGAGCGUGGUGAUAUUAGCCAGACCCUGAGUGCCUUGCGUUCACCGGAUGUUGGGCUAUACGGAGUCACUCCAGAAUGCGCUGAGACGUAUCAGCGAGAGCUGUCAGAAGUCAAGAGAAGAAAAACUGCAGCAGGGGGCAAUGGCAGUGAAUGGGUGAAACACUGGGUGAGAGGAGGCUAUCAUUAUUAUCAUAACCUGCGGACCAAAGAGGGAGGAUGGGAUGAACCAGCGGAAUUCGUGCAAAAUGACACGCAGCUGUCACGGGAGGAGAUACAGACCACCAUAUCUGGAGUCACUGCGGCGUACAACCGAGAGCAGUUGUGGCUGGCCAAUGAGAACCUGAUUACGAAACUUCAGGCUUGCUGUCGAGGAUAUCUUGUUCGCCAAGAAUUCAACUCGAGAAUGAAUUUUUUGAAGAAACAAGUCCCAGCAAUCACGUGCAUUCAGUCCCAGUGGCGUGGCUACAAGCAGAGGAAGGCAUAUCAAAUCCGUUUGGAUUACCUGCGAGCACAAAAGGACCAAGUAGUGAAGAUUCAGUCAAUGACCAGGAUGUAUCAAGCCAGAAGACGUUACAGAGAUCGUCUGCAGUAUUUCAGAAACCAUAUAAAUGAUGUUAUAAAAAUCCAAGCCUUUAUCCGAGCAAACAAAGCACGAGAAGACUACAAAACCCUCAUUAAUGCUGAAAACCCACCUAUGGCUGUGGUUCGGAAAUUUGUCCACUUGCUCGAUCAGAGUGACCAAGAUUUUCAGGAGGAGCUUGAGCUAAUGAAACUGCGUGAGGAAGUUGUAACCUUGAUCCGAUCCAAUCAGCAACUGGAAAAUGACCUCAAUCUCAUGGACAUCAAAAUUGGGCUGCUAGUGAAAAACAAAAUUACAUUGCAGGAUGUUGUUUCUCAUAGCAAAAAACUUACCAAGAAGAACAAGGAACAGCUCUCUGACAUGAUGAUGCUGAACAAACAAAGGGGAGGUUUGAAAGCUUUGAGCAAAGAGAAGAGAGAAAAGCUGGAAGCCUAUCAGCAUCUGUUCUACUUACUUCAGACUAACCCAACCUACUUGGCCAAGCUGAUUUUUCAGAUGCCUCAAAACAAAUCCACAAAGUUCAUGGAUUCUGUCAUCUUCACGCUGUAUAACUACGCAUCUAAUCAAAGAGAGGAAUACCUGUUGUUGCGGCUUUUCCAAACAGCAUUGCAGGAAGAGAUCAAAUCAAAAGUAGACCAAAUACAGGAAAUUGUGACUGGGAAUCCUACUGUUAUUAAAAUGGUGGUAAGUUUCAACCGUGGUGCCCGUGGUCAGAAUGCCCUGAGGCAGAUCCUGGCACCGGUUGUGAAGGAAAUCAUCGACGACAAAUCACUCAAUAUCAAAACUGAUCCGGUGGAUAUUUACAAGUCUUGGGUUAACCAGAUGGAGUCUCAAACCGGCGAGGCCAGCAAACUGCCGUACGAUGUUACACCUGAACAAGCUCUAAAUCACGAAGAGGUGAGGACGCGCCUGGAUGCCUCAAUCAGAAACAUGAGGACAGUGACAGACAAGUUCCUGUCUGCCAUUGUUAGUUCAGUGGACAAAAUCCCUUAUGGAAUGCGUUUCAUUGCCAAGGUACUAAAAGACUCCCUGCAUGAGAAGUUUCCUGAUGCUGGCGAGGAUGAGCUUCUGAAGAUUGUUGGCAACUUACUCUAUUAUCGCUACAUGAAUCCAGCCAUUGUCGCACCAGAUGCGUUUGACAUCAUUGAUCUUUCAGCUGGAGGUCAGCUGACCACGGAUCAGCGCAGAAACCUCGGUUCCAUUGCAAAGAUGUUGCAGCAUGCUGCAUCCAAUAAGAUGUUCAUGGGAGACAAUGCGCACCUAAGCAUCAUUAAUGAAUACCUAUCGCAGUCGUACCAGAAAUUCAGACGUUUUUUUCAGGCUGCCUGUGAGGUUCCUGAAUUGCAGGAUAAAUUUAAUAUUGAUGAAUAUUCUGACUUGGUGACUCUCACUAAACCAGUUAUUUAUAUUUCUAUUGGUGAAAUCAUCAAUACACACACUUUGCUCUUGGACCAUCAAGAUGCAAUUGCUCCUGAGCACAAUGAUCCAAUUCACGAGCUGCUGGACGAUCUCGGAGAGGUUCCUACAAUUGAGUCCUUAAUAGGGGAAGGGUCUGGCAAUGUUAAUGACCCCAACAGGGAAAUGCUAGCAAAGACUGAGGUUUCUCUCACACUCACUAAUAAAUUUGACGUUCCUGGUGAUGAGAACGCAGAGAUGGAUGCAAGGACGAUUCUGUUGAACACAAAACAUUUAAUUGUUGAUGUAAUCCGCUUCCAACCAGGAGAGACACUGACUGAAAUCUUGGAAACUCCAGCUACCUCAGAGCAAGAAGUGGAGCAUCAAAGAGCUAUGCAGAAACGGGCCAUUCGUGAUGCUAAAACUCCCGAUAAGAUGAAAAAAUCUGUGUCUGUAAAGGAAGAUGGCAACUUAAAUCUUCAAGAAAAAAAAGAGAAAAUCAAGACAGGCCUGAAGAAGUUGACAGAACUGGGGACAGUGAAUGCAAAAAAUAAAUACCAGGAACUAAUCAAUGACAUCGCGAAGGAUAUCCGAAAUCAGCGUAGAUACCGUCAGAGAAGAAAGGCAGAGCUGGUGAAGCUGCAGCAGACAUACAGUGCCUUGAACUCCAAAGCUACUUUUUAUGAAGAACAAGUGGAUUAUUACAAAAGCUACAUCAAAACUUGCUUGGAUAACCUGGCCAGCAAGGGCAAAGUCUCUAAGAAACCUCGGGAGAUGAAAGGCAAAAACAGUAAAAAGAUUUCUCUAAAAUAUACAGCAGCUCGACUUCAUGAGAAGGGAGUGCUUUUAGAGAUUGAGGACCUCCAAGGUAACCAGUUUAAAAACGUGAUAUUUGAAAUCAGUCCAACAGAAGAAGUAGGAGAUUUCGAGGUAAAAGCAAAAUUCAUGGGGGUACAGAUGGAAACCUUUAUGUUACAUUAUCAGGAUCUUUUGCAGCUGCAGUAUGAAGGCGUUGCGGUCAUGAAGUUGUUCGACAGAGCAAAAGUGAAUGUCAACCUUCUGAUCUUUCUUCUGAAUAAGAAAUUUUAUGGGAAGUAA